AUGUCAAAUUGACAGGCCUCGUUUAGCACGUGGUUUGACCGCGUGGCGUUGUUUAGUCGCCAUAUUGGGAGCUCGAUAGGGAAGUUGCUGGCUGGUGUAUGGGCUUUAGAUCGGACGAUGAGCGAUGAAGACAGAGACGUCGAUGUCGAGAGCGACGAGGAGGACGAUUACGACGAGGAGGGAAGUGUGAGUGGAAUCUCCCAAUCAGGCUCGACUUCACAUUCAUCUGGCCAAUUUUCUAGUCAGACGGAAAAGAGAGCACACCACAAUGCUCUGGAGCGAAAGAGAAGAGACCACAUCAAAGGCAGUUUUCAUAGUUUGCGCGACUCAGUUCCAUCUUUACAUGGAGAAAAGGUAUCCAGGGCACAGGUGCUAAAGAAAGCAGCAGAUUAUAUUCAGUUUAUGAGGCGGAAAAAUCAGGGCAAUCAACAGGAUAUAGAUGAUUUAAAAAAGCAAAAUAAUGUUCUAGAACAACAAAUAAGAGCUUUGGAAAAGGCAAGAAAUACCGGUCAGUUUGCUCAGUCAUCAGUAGUAAAUCCAAAAGGAGGCACUGUUUCAGCAUUUGACGGAGGCUCAGAAGAAACAGAUACAAGUAGUUCCGAGUCACUGGAUUUAAAUGGUAGUCGACGUAAAAAAUUGAAAGUUGCGGCCAGUUGAGCUGGAGAGAGCAAAGGGGUGAUUAAGGCAGCAAAGAAUUGGGAUGUCAAUUAGAAUUGUUUCAUCUUAUUCUUAUAAUGACUACCAGAUGGAGUUGUUUAUACUUGUCAUUUAUCCAUAUAUCAAAUCAUUUAAUCAACCACUGAACCAUGCACUUUUUUAUCCAUCCUUCUUUUACAAGUAAAACUUAGAUCUCUGUGCAUGGCUACAGGUAUCCAUUCAUCUUAUAAAAUUGUUUUUAAUCAGCUUCAUGUCGAUGUUUGGUGCUUCUGAUCAGUAUGCCUAGUAUUUAAACAUAUGUUCUUUUAUAUUAAAAGAGCAUCUUUGGCAAGUGAGGUUAUGAUUUGAUCAUAGUGAAUGAAUGAUAUACCAUCUUUAUAGAUACUAAAGGUUCUCAUGUUCCAUCUAUAGGCAAUCAAUAAAUUUCUCUAAAAUCACUAAAUGACCGAAUUUUCCUAAGGAGAUCUAUCCCCUUCUUUAAAAGAACAAAUAUAUUUUGAUGUAUAGUUAUUUUUAUUUAUUUGUUGUUUUUUUUAUUAUUUGGAGGAUUGAAAUAUUCUAUUUUUAUGGUAAAACAGUUACUCUAAAUUAUUACCAAAUAAAACAUCUGCUGUUAAAGUAUUAUAAGGAAUAGUAUUGUAUUUGUAUACUGUGAAUAGUAGUUUUGUACAAGGGCAAUGGAAUUAACUUUCUCUCCACCACCUUUGGAAAAAAGCAAGGGAAAAUUAAAAUGGGUUCGUCCAUCUAUUUGUCACAACUUUUGGAAAACAAGAAAAAUCUGCUAUUUGAUGUACACUGUUCAAACUUUGUGCAGAUUAGUUGAAUGUCUUGACUGAUUUCUGAGGCGAGCAUUUGCUGCUCAUUCCAGAUUGGUUGAUGGAGGCUAUAGAACACAAUAAUUUUGAUUCUGUGUGAGAGCGGUGAAAAUUGGUGUAUAGUUUCAUUACAUCAAUGCCUUAACUAAAUUCAACGAUCAUUUUCUGCUCAGGUUAAGCAGAGAUACGAGUAAGUAAUUUGAUUUGUGAAUGCUUUGGAAGAGAUAACUGUGAUUCUAAAUAAUUGAGGGAAGUCAUAAAACUUGGUGUAUAGUUUCAUUUCAUCAGUAUAUACCUUGACUUAGUUCAGUACUGAGUAUUGAUUUAUGUAAUCUGAUUAAAAUACACAUCUAUAUUUCGUUCCGUUUUUUUUUUUAUACACUGCAUGAAGAUCUGACCGUUUGUAGUGAUAGGUCACGUCAGAGGUGAUACAAGCGGGUUUUGACCCUAUGAUGUCAUACAUUUGAUCACCCAAUCAGCAUUGAUGUUUCAAGUGGAUUCCCACAGUUCCUUGCAUCACGCACACACCAAAAGCUCACUGUAACAAGACCGUUUCAUUGGCUAAACCCUCACAUCAUCCAGAACACCACAAUAACAACUGUACCAGAUUCUAGUGUAGUAAAGACAAAACAAAAUUUUGAACUGUUAAAAAACGAAACAAAAUAGGUUCUGUGUUUUAAUCAGAUUGUGAUUGAUGCCUUAUAAAAGAUAACUUGUGCAAGUAAUUAAUAAGUGUCAAUCGUCUAUAUUGAGACUGAGAUGGGGACAUUAGAUGUACUGUUGCCUUGUUUGUCUUAACUUUGCUUAGGUUUAUUUAGAGACUUGUACAAAUGUAAACAAAUAUUUUUAACGUAAUGAGCAAGUAAAUAAAUACAUGGGACAAUACUCAAGUCCAUAUUGUAAAGGUAGGCUAAUUAAUCAUCGUUUGAUAGGACAUAUAAUUAUGUUAAAGAUAUAUUGAAUAUCAAUUAGAAGUUUCUCACUGUAAAUUUCACAAUCUUUAACUAUUUCCUCUUUACUUCUAUUAAGUUUUUAUUUUCCUUUUGGGACUUGAGGUGUGUGUGUGUAUAUAUAUAUAUAUAUAUAUACUAUAUAUGUAUGUAGACCUCACAAUGGAAACUCUGUUGAAUAUAGGUAUUCACAAUUUGAUGUUAGCCUGAUAUUCCUUCAUUGGUGAUAUACCCCCCCCCCCCCC